AUGACCGCCAUAGAAGAUAUCCUACAAAUCACUACCGAUCCUUCCGAUAGCCGUGGCUACACUGUGUUGAAGUCCGAGGAAGUCCCCCAAGGCUCGAUUCUCGGAGUAGAUUUCAUUGAUACGCUAUUAUUAUACCAACUCACCGAAAAUGAGAAUCUGGAUAAACCGUUUGAAUAUUUGAAUGAUUGCUUCCGCCGUAAUCAGCAACAAAAGAGAAUCACCAAAAACAAACCAAAUACCGAGUCAUUACAUUCCACUUUCCAAGAGAUCGAUCGUCUCGUCAUUGGUUAUGGUGUAGUUGCCCUACAAAUAGAGAACUUUUGCACAAAUGGCGCCUUCAUCAAUUAUGUUACUGAAAUCGUUUUGAAUGUUAACUCAUACACUGAUUUCCUCUCCCAAAUCAUUCAAAGAGCUAUAUUGGAAGGUACCGCCUUGGAUUUACUUAACGCUGUUUUCCCGACAUUAUUAGAGUACUGCAAUCAACAUGUAAGCCAUUUCGACCUAAACGAAUCUGUAAUUUACAACAACGUUCUUACCAUUUUUGAAUUAUUUGUUACAUUUAAGCCUAUUGCAGAAAUUUUCACUAAGAUAGACUGUUUUUUUGCGGACUAUAACUGUAAACCACAGUUUUUUGAAAAGCAAACGAUAAUGGGUCCUAUUUUAUCUCUUUCUCCCAUAGACGCUGCUGUUGCGAUCCGUAACUACGGUGAUAAUCUUUUGCGUUCCAAACAACAGACGGCCAUGAUCCAUGAGUCCCUACAAGCAGAGCACAAAGUUGUCAUAGAUAGACUCUUUUUCAUUGUUGAUAAGCUUGUUCGUGGCUCUCUAGACUCAAGGACUGAUAUGAUUAGUUAUUUUGCCCAUAUCGCUAAUAAAAACCAUUUACGUAGAGCUGAUCAUCCACCAUUCAAAGAACUAUCUUCUAACGGAUUCAUGUCCAAUAUUACUUUAUUAUUGGUUAGAUUCUCUCAACCGUUUCUAGAUAUCUCAUACAACAAAAUCGACAAAAUCGAUGCAAAUUACUUUAACAAUCCAAGUUUAUUUAUUGAUUUAUCAGGAGAAACACGCCUAAAUUCUGAUUUUAAAGAAGCAGAUGCAUUCUAUGACGAGAAUAGAAAAACCGCAGAUUCCAAGCCCAACUUUAUCUCUGAUUGCUUUUUCUUAACGCUAACUUACCUGCAUUAUGGUCUCGGAGGUACGCUGUCAUUUGAAGAGAAAAUGGGAUCUGAAAUCAAAGCGUUGAAGGAGGAAAUUGAAAAAGUAAAGAAAAUAGCCGCGAGCCACGAUGUCUUCGCAAGAUUCGUUACAGCACAAUUAUCUAAGAUGGAGAAGGCAUUGAAAACAACAGAAUCUUCGCGAUUUGCACUUCAAGGAUUCUUUGCUCACAGAUCUCUUCAGCUAGAGGUUUUUGAUUUCAUUUGUGGCGCCUCUACGUUUUUGAUUCGUGUUGUGGAUCCCAAACACGAAUUCCCGUUUAAACAAAUUGAAUUGCCAUUAAUUCCGGACCAAAUAGGUGUUGAAAACGUAGACAAUGCUGAUUUUUUGAGAGCGCAUGCUCCAGUACCUUUCAAAUACUACCCAGAAUUUGUUGUAGAGGGACCAAUUAACUAUUCUCUAUACAUUUCGAAGUACCAGACCUCUCCAAUUUUUAGAAAUCCACGUCUGGGAUCGUUUGUAGAGUUUACAACAAUGGUGCUCCGUUGCCCUGAAUUGGUUUCCAACCCACAUUUAAAAGGCAAAUUAGUCCAAUUAUUAAGUGUUGGUGCUAUGCCAUUAACAGAUAACUCUCCCGGAUUCAUGAUGGAUAUAUUCGAGCACGACGAAUUAGUUAACAAAAAUUUGCUAUAUGCUCUGCUUGACUUCUAUGUUAUUGUUGAAAAAACAGGUUCUUCUUCACAAUUUUACGAUAAAUUCAACAGCAGAUAUAGUAUAUCAAUAAUUUUGGAGGAGCUUUAUUACAAUAUACCAUCUUAUAAAAACCAAUUGAUCUGGCAGUCUCAAAACAAUGCCGACUUCUUUGUGAGGUUUGUCGCUCGUAUGUUAAAUGACUUGACUUUCCUGCUGGAUGAAGGUCUAAGUAAUUUAGCUGAAGUUCAUAAUAUUCAAAAUGAGCUAGAUAAUCGCGCAAGGGGCGCACCACCAACAAGAGAGGAAGAGGACAAAGAGUUACAAACGAGAUUGGCGUCCGCUUCUAGACAAGCUAAGUCUUCAUGUGGAUUGGCUGAUAAAUCAAUGAAGCUGUUCGAAAUUUAUUCGAAAGAUAUACCAGCCGCAUUUGUGACACCGGAAAUCGUAUAUAGAUUGGCCAGUAUGCUAAACUAUAACUUAGAGUCACUAGUCGGUCCUAAAUGCGGGGAACUGAAAGUGAAAGACCCACAGAGUUAUUCAUUCAACCCAAAAGAUUUGUUAAAAGCCCUAACAACUGUUUAUAUCAAUCUUUCCGAACAAUCGGAGUUCAUCAGCGCUGUUGCUAAAGACGAAAGGUCUUUCAAUAGAAACCUUUUUGUUCGUGCAGUUGAUAUCCUUGGCAGAAAAACUGGUUUAGCAUCUCAAGAGUUUAUUGAAAAACUAUUGAACUUUGCCAAUAAAGCCGAAGAUCAAAGAAAGGCUGAUGAAGAGGAAGAUCUUGAGUACGGUGACGUCCCUGAUGAGUUCUUAGAUCCUUUGAUGUACACAAUCAUGAAAGAUCCUGUCAUUUUACCAGCAUCUAAAAUGAAUAUUGACAGAAGCACCAUUAAAGCACAUCUAUUAAGUGACUCUACUGACCCAUUUAAUAGGAUGCCCUUGAAGCUAGACGAUGUAACGCCCAAUGAAGAGUUAAGACAAAGAAUUCUUUGUUUUAAAAAACAAAAGAAGGAAGAAGCCAAAAAUAAAGCAAGCGAGUGA